CGGACCAGGCACACCGCUUCAGCCAAGGUUUGGAAGCUCUGGCCAUGGAGCAGAAAGGCUAUCGACGGGGGAGUUUCCAGAGCAGCACUAGUGAUGAAGAUAUGCUGGAAAUUGCAGGAGCAUCUCUGGACUUCUCCAUGGCAGAUGAUGACCCACCACUCGACAGGGAGAUGGGAGGAUUUUCCUCGUAUAAUGGAGGAGGGAUGAACGGCACGAGCACAAUGAUGGAUUUCCUGGAGGAACCUCUUCCUGGUGUGGGGACCUACGAAGAUUUUAACACUAUAGAUUGGGUGCGAGAGAAGUCCAGGGACCGGGACAGGCACAGAGAGAUCACCAGUAGAAGUAAAGAGUCCACAUGGGCACUGAUACACAGCGUGAGCGAUGCCUUUUCUGGCUGGCUGUUGAUGCUUCUCAUUGGGUUGUUGGCAGGCUCCUUAGCAGGUCUGAUAGACAUUUCUGCCCACUGGAUGACAGAUUUGAAAGAAGGAGUGUGUUUAGCAGGCUUCUGGUUUAACCAUGAGCACUGCUGCUGGAAAUCCAACACAACCUUUACGGACAGAGACAAGUGUCCCGAGUGGAAGAGCUGGUCCCAGCUGAUCCUCGGCCAUGGAGAGGGGGCUUUUGCAUAUAUCCUCAACUACUUCAUGUACGUUAUCUGGGCCUUGUUAUUCUCCCUUCUUGCUGUGUUACUUGUGAAGGGGUUUGCUCCUUAUGCCUGUGGCUCAGGGAUCCCAGAGAUCAAAACUAUCUUAAGUGGUUUCAUCAUUAGAGGCUACCUGGGCAAGUGGACGCUGAUCAUCAAAACCAUCACCUUAGUGUUGGCGGUGUCCUCUGGGCUGAGCUUGGGCAAAGAGGGGCCCCUGGUACACGUCGCCUGCUGCUGUGGAAACAUCUUGUGUCAUCUCUUCACCAAAUACAGGAAGAACGAAGCAAAGCGCAGAGAGGUUUUAUCAGCAGCUGCAGCUGCUGGUGUGUCUGUAGCUUUUGGUGCACCGAUCGGAGGAGUGCUCUUUAGUCUGGAAGAGGUCAGUUACUACUUCCCUCUCAAGACACUGUGGCGCUCCUUCUUCGCUGCUCUGGUCGCUGCAUUUACCCUGCGCUCCAUCAACCCUUUUGGGAACAGCCGCCUCGUUCUCUUCUACGUGGAGUUUCACAUGCCAUGGCAUCUUCUGGAGCUUGUGCCAUUCAUCCUUCUGGGAAUAUUUGGUGGGCUUUGGGGAGCUUUCUUCAUUCGCAGCAACAUUGCCUGGUGCAGGCGACGCAAGACGACGAAGCUUGGUAAAUACCCUGUGCUGGAGGUGUUUGUAGUGACUGCGAUCACAGCCGUUCUGGCCUUUCCCAACGAGUACACCAGAAUGAGCACCAGCGAGCUGAUUUCUGAGCUCUUCAAUGACUGUGGGAUUUUGGACUCUUCCAAGCUCUGCGAGUAUGUGAAUGAUUUCAACAGCACCAAAGGGGAUGACCUGCCAGACCGAGCUGCUGGCCCAGGAGUUUACACCGCCAUGUGGCAGCUGGCUUUGGCCCUUAUAAUGAAAGUCUUCAUCACGAUCUUCACCUUUGGCAUGAAGGUCCCUUCAGGUCUCUUCAUCCCCAGCAUGGCGGUGGGUGCUAUAGCAGGCAGAUUGCUCGGAGUAGCGGUGGAGCAGCUGGCCUAUUACCACCACGACUGGGCCAUCUUCAGCGGCUGGUGCAGUCAAGGAGCUGACUGCAUCACUCCUGGCCUCUACGCAAUGGUUGGGGCUGCGGCGUGUCUAGGUGGGGUGACCCGAAUGACCGUGUCGCUAGUGGUCAUUAUGUUUGAGCUCACUGGUGGACUGGAAUACAUCGUUCCUCUGAUGGCAGCAGCCAUGACCAGCAAGUGGGUGGCUGAUGCCAUUGGGCGGGAAGGCAUUUACGAUGCCCAUAUUCGCCUCAACGGCUACCCCUUCUUGGAAGCCAAGGAAGAGUUCUCGCACAAGACGCUUGCGAUGGACGUAAUGAGGCCACGGAGGAACGAUCCUCCUCUGACUGUCAUCACUCAGGACAGCAUGACCGUAGAAGAUGUUGAGACCAUUAUCAAUGAAACCACGUACAGUGGCUAUCCAGUGGUGGUGUCACGGGAGUCCCAGAGGCUUGUUGGAUUCGUCCUCAGGAGAGACCUCAUCAUUUCAAUUGAAAACGCCCGCAAGAAGCAGGAUGGGAUCGUGAGCACUUCAAUUAUUUAUUUCACUGACCACUCUCCUCCGCUGCCUCCAAGCUCCCCCUCUAUGCUGAAACUCAGGAGCAUCCUGGACCUCAGUCCUUUCACGGUGACGGACCAAACACCCAUGGAAAUCGUCGUGGAUAUAUUCCGCAAGCUGGGAUUGCGCCAGUGCCUGGUUACUCACAACGGGAAGCUACUCGGGAUCAUUACCAAAAAGGAUGUAUUAAAGCACAUUGCACAGCUGGCUAACCAGGACCCAGAUUCUAUACUCUUCAAUUAAAGGCAGACUAGUAGGUAUCGUGUGUUCAACACAAAGGAAACUUUAUAGACGAUCCUGGAUAUACUUUCCUAUUUUUAUUGAGACCAUGGAACUGUUUUCAGCAUUUCCUUCCAUGGAGCUGAAGAAGAUAAUUUUUUUUCUACCAGAUAACCGAUUGCACUACAUAAUCUGUGGAAAAUAAUCUUCUUUUAGAAGAAAAAAAAGACUUUAUUUACGUUGCUUUUGUGAAGUUGCAUUGGAAAGUUUCCAUGAAGGAGUAAAAGCAAAAUGCUAUAGAAUUCUAUCUCCUCUUCUUACUUUAUUUGAACUCUUGUUACUAACGUGGGGAGGAAAAGACAAGGUCUGUACCUUCAGAAAUUGUGAAGAAGGAUGAUUUUGCACACAGCGUUCAGGUGGUGGCAGAAGGAUACGGUUGUAACUCAGGGGUGGUGUAUUCCCAAUUAGCCACUUGGUAAAAAUAAGAACCUUGUAAAGUCAAAAUAGGAGAGGGGAAAAAAAAAUAAUUGGCUAGCUGAGGAUGUUUUGCGGAAAGAAUGAAAAAAACCCACAAAAACAAAACCCCGGGAAGACCAGAUCUCCUUAAACUUGGGCCCAGUUUCUGAUUGGGAAGAUGCUUAUUUUGAUUAAUCUUCUGUGAAUGUAUUUAAUUACUCUGACGCUGCCUUGCCAGGAGAACCCCGAGGAGGAGGCAGGAGGAGUUAACAGU